GAUCUCUCACAGGAAGUGAAGUUUGAAAUUCGGCGGGUAGAUGGUAGGGAGAAUGAGCUCCAGAUCGACGGAGAAGCUCGCCGGUCUGGCUAACUCGGUGAGGUUAGCCAGGGACAUACCUUCAAAACUCGAUAGCCUGCGUCAAUUGAAGCUGGAUUUGUCAGGUGAAGAUUCUGUUUCGCUUUCUCAGUUCCUCCCUGAGUCCUUCGACCUCCUCUCCGACGGCUUCGCUCCGGUUCGGAAGCUAGUCACCGAGAUUGUUGGUGAGAUUGGGGUGAAUCACAUUGAAUUUGUACCUGAGAUUGUACCUGUAUUAAUGAAGGUUUUGGACGACGAUACACCUGCUGUUGCUCGUCAAGCUAUUGCUUCUGGAAUCGAUUUAUUUCGUUCUACCCUUGAAAAAGUUGCAAUUCAGGGCCUCCACACCAGUGAAUUGGAAAAUGAUCUUGAAUUAGCAUGGUCAUCGAUGCUAAAGUUCAAGGAAAAGAUAUACUCAAUAGCUUUCCAGCCAGGAAGUGGUGGAAUAAGGUUGCUGGCACUGAAGUUUGUUGAAGCAGUCAUUAUUCUUAACACUCCUGACCCUAAUGGCUCCUUAGAGCCCCCUCAUGAUGGAACCUCUGUAGAAUUUAAUAUAUCUUGGCUUCGUGGGGGCCAUCCCGUACUCAAAGUUGGAGAUUUGUCAAUUGAAGCUAGCAAAAUGUUGGGGUUGUUGCUUGAUCAGCUUAGAUUCCCUGCAGUAAAAUCUCUUAGCAGCUCAAUGGUUGUUGUACUUGUUAAUAGUCUUUCAGCAAUUGCAAAGAAAAGACCUGCAUAUUAUGGACGCAUUUUACCAGUUCUACUUGGUCUAGAACCUCCAAGCUUUGUUAUCAAAGGGGUGAAAGUUUAUGGGGCAAAUCUUGCCUUGAAAAACGCCUUCCUCUCUUGCUUGAAAUGUACACACCCAAGUGCCGCACCGUGGCGUGAUCGUUUGCUCAGUGCCUUGAGAGGGAUGAAAGCUGGUGGUCUGGCAGAGCAGGCUCUAAAGCAAGAUUACAGUGCUAAUGGAAGUACAGAAAGAGAGGGAAAAGAUGAUUGUCUGUUUACUGAGGAUGAUAAAUCCUUGGUUAAAGCAUUGGAUAUUGUGCCUGGCAACCUGGGUAGGAAGAGGUCUGGAACUGAGGACAGCACCGACAUAGCCAGAAAUAAUGAAGUGUCUGGAAAACGUGUCAAAUCAACGCCUGGUUUCUCCGAAGAGCCAAUAAAAGACUUAAGUAGCAAUCUUAGUGUGUCUCAGGAUGGCAAAUCUUCUAGUCAACCAACUACUAAUAGAGGGGAUGCUCAUUCUGGGCCUGUCCAGCAACUUGUUGCCAUGUUUGGUGUCUUGGUUGCUCAAGGUGAAAAGGCUGUCGCACCUUUGGAAAUUCUUAUUUCAAGUAUAUCUGCUGACUUGCUAGCGGAGGUUGUGAUUUUUAACAUGUGCAACCUUCCUCCCAAACGUCCUCAUAAUGAUGGAGAUGAUGAAUCGCUGCUGAACAUGAGCAUAGUUGGCAGCAGCACUCAAGCCAAGUAUCCACCAUCAUUUUUGGCUGAUGUUCUUUCACUUUCGAGUACUUUCCCACCAAUAGCCUCAUUGCUUGAUUCUAAUCAGUCAGCAUCCAAUGAUAUAGUGAUGCAGAAGAUGGGAGAGGAAGAAUUUGAUGUUGUGCCUGUCACUGAUAUACCGUCUGACAUAAUUCAUGGAUCCAAAAAUGAAAUGUCACCAACUUAUUUACCAGAGUCUUCUGACAUUGUUUUGCCUGGAGAUGAGAAGGUUGAUCUAGCUACUGAAUCUGGUGUCCAUGAGAUUGGUAAUCUGGAGAGUGAGAUGGAGAUACCUGGUCUGGAUUCUUCUGUACGUAAUGAUGGAUUAUCAGAUACCCAGGCUGCUUCCUCACUGGCCUCUACUGAUUUAGAAGAUGCCAGUCAAGAGCAAGUUACAAGUUUCAGUGGCAGAUCACCCAUGCAUGUGCUUCCAUCAAUGUCAACAGAUAGGUCUGAGGAGCUUAGUCCAAAAGCAUCCUUUAUGGAUUCCAGCAGCCUGGUUUCCUCAACGGCAACUUCUGUGGGUUUGUCUAGUACUUUUGUCUUGCCCAAGAUGACAGCACCAAUUGUCAAUCUUUCUGAAGAAGAGAAGGAUGAUUUGCAAAAAUUGGCUUUUAUACGCAUCAUUGAGGCAUAUAAACAAAUAACAGUAGCUGGAGGGUCACAAGCUCGCUUUUUUCUUCUUCCUUAUUUAGGAGUGGAGCUGCCCUCGGAUUUAGACCCAUGGAAACUGCUAAGUGAACACAUCUUGUCAGAUUAUGUGAAUCAUGAGGGACAUGAGUUGACAUUGCGUGUGCUCUACAGGUUAUUUGGUGAGGCAGAAGAGGAACAAGAUUUCUUAUCUUGUACAAAUGCUGCCUCUGCUUAUGAAACAUUCUUUCUGACAGUGGCUGAAACUCUCAGGGAUUCUUUUCCUCCUUCAGACAAAUCUUUAAGUAAAUUGCUCAGUGAAGCUCCAUACCUGCCAAAAUCAGUUUUGAAUCUGUUAGAGUGCCUGUGUUCUCCUGAAACCUCAGAUAAAGCUGAGGAGUUACAAAGUGGAGAUCGAGUUACUCAAGGUCUCAGCACUAUAUGGAGCUUGAUUCUGCUGAGGCCUCCCAUUCGAGAUGUCUGCUUGAAAAUUGCUUUGCAGAGUGCAGUUCAUCACCUUGAGGAAGUCCGAAUGAAGGCAAUACGUCUGGUAGCAAACAAACUUUACCCUUUAUCAUCCAUUGCCAAACAAAUUGAAGAUUUUGCAAAGGAAAUGUUGCUCUCUGUGGCAACUGGUGAUUCUACAGAAAUAACAGAUGCUGAGGGACCAACCAUGGAGUCACUGAAGGAUCCUUGUUUAGAAAGACAAUCAGAUGAGCAUCAGUCAGCUAGUGCCACCACCAAAGAUACAUCCACUGUCAUUCACGAAUCAUGCACAUCUCAGAGCAUGUCAUCUCUUUCAGUCCCUGAGGCACAGAGGUGCAUGUCACUGUAUUUUGCCCUGUGCACAAAGAAGCACUCUCUCUUCCGCCAAAUAUUUGUUGUCUAUAAAAGUGCACCGCAGGCAGUUAAGCAGGCAGUCCACCGUCAUGUCCCCAUUCUAGUUCGUACUAUGGGCUCAUCAUCUGAGCUUCUUGAGAUUAUUUCAGACCCUCCAAGUGGAAGUGAGAACCUCCUCAUGCAGGUUUUGCAUACACUGACGGAAGGAACUAUUCCUUCCAAAGAAUUGAUAUUUGCCAUUAAGAAGUUGUUUGAUGCAAAAUUGAAGGAUAUAGAAAUUCUAGUUCCUGUGUUGCCAUUUCUUCCCAGAGAUGAGGUUUUGCUGCUUUUUCCUCAUAUUGUUAAUCUUCCACCAGAUAAGUUUCAAGCUGCACUUACUCGUGUAUUACAGGGGUCAUCUCAUUCUGACCAAGUACUCUCUCCUGCUGAAGUGUUAAUAGCCAUUCAUGGUAUUGAUCCUGACAGAGAUAGAAUUCCAUUGAAGAAGAUCACAGAUGCAUGUAAUGCAUGUUUUGAGCAGCGGGAGAUAUUCACCCAACAGGUUCUAGCAAAGGUCUUGAACCAACUGGUUGAGCAGAUUCCUCUUCCUUUGCUCUUCAUGCGGACUGUAUUACAAGCCAUUGGUGCAUUUCCAGCAUUGGUUGAAUUUAUAAUGGAGAUACUUUCUCGUCUUGUAAGCAAGCAGAUAUGGAAAUACCCAAAAUUGUGGGUGGGAUUCUUGAAAUGUGCACAAUUGACAAAGCCUCAGUCAUUCAGCGUGUUGCUUCAGCUACCUCCCCUACAACUUGAGACUGCAUUGAAUAGAACUCCGGGACUUAAAUCUGCUUUGGCUGCUCACGCUAGCCAACCAAAUAUCCGGUCAAUGCUUCCAAGGUCAGUAUUGGUAGUUUUGGGGCUGGCCCCAGAUUCUCAGACUUCUAGCCUGGCACAAGGUAGUCAGGCUCAAACCGGAGAUGCAAGCAACUCAGAGAAAGAUGAAAUUGCGGAGAAAUCUUUCAACUCAGAGAAGGAUGCCACGCCAGAUAAAUCUGUCCACUCAGAUAAGGAUGCCAUGCCAGAGAAAUCUCUCAACUCAGAUAAGGAUUCCGUCGGUGAGAAAUCUCUAAACUCGGAGAAUGAUGUAGUGGCAGAGAAGUCUAAAGAAUCGCCUAGUCCUAGCUAAAGCUCCAGAAAAUCAGUUUUGUAGUCUUAUGCCUUUGGGUGAAAGUGACAUUGCCGAGCCUUGGAUUAGUUUUCCGGAUGGAUAUACACCGCACCCAAAAUCAUGGUCUUCUGUGCUGCAAUGUAUUACGGCUGAAGCUAGGAUAAAAAAGCUCCCGGCCUGUAUCAUAGUCUCCUACACCUGAAGCAUGCAUCAGAUGCCUGGUGAAAAAAAUUGUUAUACUAAUCCUAUGUUUGAUUUCUUUUUUAUUUUUAAUAAGAAUACUAAAAUUUCCCAAAGAGUUGCCCCUUUUUUCCUUUUGA